UCUCUCUCUCUCUCUCUCUCUCAACUGCAAACGGCUCCCCUCUCCGCUCCAACCAACAACGGAAAACCAUCUUUCUCACCCAACUCAGGUAGAUUCGAAGCUUAAAAUCAGUCAACGUCGGAACAACACUGCCAGAAAACGAACAGCUCUGAAUAAAAGGAAUCAAAUAAUGGGCAAGUAUAUGAGGAGGAAGUCGAAGACUACAGGGGAAGUGUCGUUAAUGGAAGUACCUUCACUAGGCGGUGUUCUUACCCGUGCAAAAACCCUAGCUCUUCAAAAAGCUACCGCUGCUGUUGCCUCUAUCGGCGCCGGUUCCUACAUUCAACUCCGUAGCCGCCGUCUAGUCAAGCCAACUUCUGAGAAGAAACAGAAGGAGACUGGCGCCCUGACAAACCCUAAUAAAGCUUCUUUACGAGGAGCGAAUUCUUCAACGCUGAAGGUUGAUGAGAAAAUUUUUUAUGGGGAGCUAGAGAUUCGUCAAAAAACUGAGAUUAAGGGUACUGUAGAUUUCGAAAUUGACGAUGAAGAAGGUUCAUUUGGGGAAAACAUGGUGGAGAUGGAAGGUAGAGGAAGAACUACUCGAGAAACAACACCAUGCAGUUUGAUUAGGAAUCCGGACAUAAUUAUAACUCCAGGUUCAUCCACAAAACCAAACAGAAAAAACAGAGUACAAAAUACAACAGCAAGGCCUAUUCCAUCAACAACUGAAAUGGAUGAAUUCUUCACAGAGCCUGAAAAACAUCAGCAAAGAGUGUUCAUGGAGAAGUACAACUUUGAUCCUGUAAACGAAAAGCCUUUAAAUGGGCGUUAUGAAUGGUUGAAAGUGGAUGAUGCUAUCAAGAAAAGUUAAUCUUUGUUCACGAUUUUAGCGUAGUUUGAAGAUAUUGGUAGAUGUAGGUGUAGAUUAGGUUUAUUAUGAUUAUGAUUAUGUUUAUGUGGGUGAUUUGUAAAGAAAGAACAUGAAAAACCCUAGUGCAGAUUGUAGACUAGAAGAUCUGUAACAUAAAGACAAGAGCUUCUAACAAGUCAACAACACGAAGAAGAAGAAGAAGAAGGUCUUCAAAAAAAAAAAAAAGAGGGGAUAUAAAAUGACCGAUUUGGCCUUAAGUUAGUUUUGAUUGUCUAUAUUUUGUACUGAUGAUGAAAAAACUAUGAAGAUCCCUUUUUUUGGUGAUAUAAAAUGACCGAUUUGGCCUUAUGUGAAUAGAAAAGGAUGAAACAUAAUGAAUCUUGAUGUUUCAAAAAUGGAUAAAUAGUAGUGUGUUGUGGUUAUAUAUAUAUGUGAACAUGUUUUUUUUAGCUGCUUGUGAGAAAGGAAAAGGGUUGGUGUUGGUGUUGGGUGGUGGGGUUGAGUUGGGAAGAAUCUUGUCUUCUCUAUUAUUGUGUCAGU